AUCAGUCCAGAUUCUUGAGUUUAGCGAUGGGGAAUUCUAACGGCAGCACCGUGGACGACCUGCAGGCCGUUGAAAUGCAUCUUUGGUAUAAGAAGUUCAUGACUGAGUGUCCGUCUGGUCAGCUCACGCUGCAUGAGUUUAAGCAGUUCUUUGGAAUCAGAGGUCUGGAUCCGGAGGCUAAUGCGUAUAUUGAGCAGAUGUUUCGCACCUUUGACAUGAACAAGGACGGUUAUAUUGACUUCAUAGAGUAUGUAGCGGCUCUCAGUCUAGUAAUGAGAGGCAAAAUGGAGCACAAACUAAGGUGGUAUUUCAGACUUUAUGAUGUGGAUGGCAACGGCUGCAUUGAUAGACAUGAGCUGCUAAAUAUCAUAAAGGCCAUCCGUGCCAUCAAUGGAAAUGAGGCUCAAGAAUUGAGCGCUGAGGAGUUUACAAAUCGAGUGUUCGAUAGAAUUGACGUCAAUGGAGACGGGGAGCUGUCACUGGAGGAGUUUGUAGCAGGUGCUCGCAGUGAUGAAGACUUUAUGGAAGUGAUGAUGAAGAGUUUAGACCUUUCACACAUAGUGGCUAUGAUCCAUAACAGGAGACACAGCGUUUAAGACGUCGUCUUUAUUUGCAUGUCACUUCGUGUUCUCUUUUAGGCCCUUUUAGGCUUUUGAGUCUCUUGACCUGAUAAAAAAAGUCAAGCGCUUGGUUGUCAUGCUAUACCAUCUCACUUGUGGGUUAUCUGAAGACAUAUUCUAAAAAAAUCUUAAAUACAAAGGUUUUUCAAUACAAGGACAGAGCUACUGCAGUGAAGAGAUUAAAAUUGUGUGGGACAUUCCACAUCUAAACGUACUGUUUCCCAAAAGCUCUCCUAACAGAGAGGCAUCGUGGAAGAAGAGUCCGUAUGAUGUGGACAAGUCCACUGAGUGUUUUUAUUACUAUUCCUUGUACGAAUUGUAAAAUAUUUUGACCAUUUUAAAGGACAUUUGAUUUGAAUAUUUUACACAGACAGUAAAAUGUUUGGAAACCCUUUACAAAGAAACAAAACAUUUUUUACAUUAUUUAGUUUGUUUAUUGGAUAUGCACAUCUGUUAGUGUUAAAGUUUUCUCAUGAUUAACCUAAUCAUACAUACAAACCAAACAAAUAGAUACAAAAAUAUUGUGAAAAGUUAUUUAUUUCAGUGAUGACAAUUAGUCUAAAUUGUUAACAAUAGUUUUAAAUAAAAUGUCAAACUUCAGGAUAAAAAAAUAUUGUCGACCACCCUAAUACAAAGUGAGUAAUGUUAACUUCAACGACUUUAAUAUUAACAUACACUGUAUAUUCAACAUUUCCAC